UAACCCAAAGACAAUCUGACAUGGCGGAGUAAUCAGCUGAUAAUUGCAAUGCCGAGGAGUAGAAAUAAAUUGUUUCGUUUGGUUACUAAUUAAAAACUUCCGCUUACUCUUAUUUUCAAUUAUUCCAUUAGAAAAUUUCUAUUUUGAGAAAAGAUUUUUAAAAAAUACUAAAGAAUGGCGCGAUGUCCCUUGUCAUCUGUCAGUUUUAUUCAUUCAUCCAUUGUAGUGCAGAAAAAAAUGUGACUUGUUUGAUAAAUUCUGUUUUAUUCAAUAAGUGUUAGGUGAAGAAUAAUAUCUGGCGUUCUUUAUUUAUUUCUUGUUUUAUGCAUACACUGUUAACCGCACUAUAUGCUGAGAUCUCUAUAUACACACAAAGCAGUCUUUUAUAUGGCCUAACAAAUCCUCUUUACAAAGAAUCUUGGCGGCGUCGGCGGUUUAUGUUGUUUCAUUGGACAUUGAUGUGUUGUUUUAUGCAAAUGUUAUAGUAAGCGUGAUUACCUUUUUGAAGUGCGUGUAAUAAUAAUCUCGAAAAUGUCGGGUCGUGUCCGAAAACAAUCCGAUUGUCCUGUGGGCAAACAGGGCCCUAUGAGGGCGACAUUGCCGGUGUCAUCUGUUAUGAAAGGCGGCAGUCUUAAAAAGAACGCUGCGAACAGUCCGACGCUGUCACCAACUAACUUGUGGCGUCGAAUAUCACCAGAUCACGCGCUCUCUGGUCAAAGGAGUCCAGGUGCUGUCAACUACAAAGGCAAGGGAAGAUUUGGUUCAAAUGUCAUCAGACGCACAGCAUCUUUAGAUACACUAUAUCACAAAGGACAAUGGCCUAGAGACUUCUACUUCCAUGCCGGGCAACUACAAGUUGAUAAGUCGACACAAACAGAUGAUGGUGGCGGAGUAUCCGGUCGUUCAUCCCGAGGUUCAGAUGAUGAUAAAUUUGAUCGUUUUCUGAGGAGCCGUCUACAAAGACCACACAAACCUUCAGCAUCCGGUGAUUAUUCAUCUCAUUCAAUGAGUCCUGGACUAUGGUGUCGUUUCGGCACUGGCAGUGUUUCGCUACGACCAGCUCGAUCAUCGGUCGAAGGGUUGAACCAAGAGAUAGAAGGACUUGUUCUCUGUCCUGCCAGUGGUACUCAGACACCAUAUCUGGAUAGACUAAGAGAUAAGGUGACUCCUGAAGGUCAUCGUGCACCUCUCGCUGAACUCUUGAGACGCUCCGUUAACACCCAAACUCCACAUGACCUUUGUCACACAGCCCACUCUUCAGGUGGCAGCGUAUGCUCAUCUCCAGAUCUUGAUGGUUCCAAACUGGGUACAUCCCCUCAAAUCAAUAGAUUCCUAGCACGUGAACCUCCAGAUGGUUGUGAAAAGGUGAACCUAAAAGCCGGUGAGGGUUCGUAUUCGGAGGCAAUAUCUGUGAUGAAGCCGGCUGUUCCCGCGUUCACACUGCGGCCGUCCCUCGGCUCCGCCUUCCAGCCACUGAACCCGCUGCACCCACCACACUGAUACCCGCCACCCGCGGAGGCUCACUUCGCUAGACUGGUCCGGAUGGCCUUCUGCUGCUUCGCGCCGCGUUAAAUCCGACCUCUAGCGCAUGUAACCUCCUUGUGCGGGAUUUUUAUAUGUACCUGGCUGAACCGGUUUUUUUUUUCUUUUGUCAUUAAACGAUUGGACGGUUAAAACUUUUUGUGCCGUGAUUUAAAAAAAAAAAUAUAAUGUCACAUAUUCAAUGACUUCUAUUAGAAGAUUAUAUAACAAACAAUGACAGAUAUUUUUGGAUGAAAUAUUGUAUUUUAUUGAGUAGAUUAUUUAAUAUUUUCUAAAUUUAAUGAAAAAUCUCCUAUAGGCUACAUGAAGAAAUACUGUCUUUUGCAUUAAUAUAAAAUUUAUACAAACAUUGAUUAAAAUAGUCUCUAUGUUCCUGUCGCAUGAAGUAAUUAUACAUAACAUAUCUGGCUAAAGAAAUUUUUGAUUGAAAAAAAUAAUCUACUCAAUAAACAAAGACUGCAAAACAAAUUGAAUGAUAAAACUUACGCUAGUUCUGUUGUACACUUCUCUAAACUAGACAUAAUAAACUUAAAAUUUGUCAAAUAAACAUUUACCACCUAAGAUAAAUGAAACAAAGAGUCUUUAAAUAAUAAUACCAAUGUGUAAAUGGAGAUAUGUGAUAUAAUAGCUAGAAGCAUUUUUAUAGUUUCGAGAGAGUUCAACAGAAUAUCCACAGAUGACACAAUAAUAAUUAUAUUACGGUUAUAACCAACACAUACCAUUCGAUUCGAUUCUGGUUUAUUGUAUCUCUUUGAUCUAGACAUAAGUUGUACUAACCCAUUAACGAGUACGUAGUCAUCUAUGCAGUAGUGACAAUAAUAAUAAUUGUAUAUAAGUUAAAUUUUUCUGUUUGAAUACUUUAUUAGAAUGCAUAUCUAAUAAGCAUUUAAAGAUGACACUAUGUACAUUCAAUAUUUUAUUGAUAAAACCAAAGUCAUAACCUACAUUUGCAACAAUAUUGAAACACGCUUGUACAUGUUAGCCAUUCAUUAGUAUAUCCUUACUAAAAGGCAAUAAUAUGCCAUUAUUUGUUUAGUUUUAUUUACUGUAUAUAAGUAUGCUGUGGUUAUAGUGACAGAUACAAAAUGAAGAGUGACUGAACAUUGGUUUGAUCUCAGAUGUUAUUUUAAUUUGUUCAUACAUAUACAUACUCAUAAACUUUAAAAAUGGACAUUCUUUAACGCCUGGUUAAUCUGUGUAUUCUUUUUUUUUCUUAUUGAUGAUACUGUUAUAUCUGUUUUUAAAAAUGUCUCCAGAGUUUCUAUGCAAAUACAUCUUCUAAAUAAACUUUACCCGACAAGCAUCUGUUAUAGUUGAAGAAAAAAAUAACAUGUAUACUGUUAAUGAUCUGGAGACAUUUUUCAGGAAGAAAAAAAAAGAAUAUCAAUCGCUCUAUACAGAUGAAUCCAAUCAAACAACUGUCAAAUUCUAAUGAGAGUGUCCAUUUUCGAAAGAACAACACCAUAUAAGCAAGCAAUUGAAAUUAGUAAUUUUUUUUUUAAACAAAUGUAAUUACAACUUCAUCCUUGGUGAUAAAAACAAUUUGGACCAAAAUUCACAAGGGCAGGAACGUCUGUAACGGUAGGAGUAAAAUUGAAUCGGAGAGGUUUUUCUAUGAGAUAGCUUUAAAUUAUGGGAUUUGAAAUACGAAUGUGGAAGAAGGUAGACUGAUUUUUUUAAAAUCUUUACUCGUGCUUUGACACAGGUCUCAUUGACUAUGUAAUGUGAGUGAUUGAAAUGUACACUCGAAUAAUACACGCGACAGUCCCGGCGGCCGAGAUCUGGAGCUCUAUGUAACUGGUGACGUGUAAAUAGAAAAAGCAAAUGUUUCGGACUGUACAUAACGCGUUGGCGGGGGAGGGUUCGGAUGUCUGCACCGGGCGGAUGGAUAGACACGGUAUUCGUUUUAUAUCUUUUGGAUAGGGAAGAUGGACCAUGCCAAUUGGAUCUCUCGUUUUGGCCAAAACGCAUUUCUAUCAUCGAGACUGAUUAUGUAGAAUGUUGAAAACAUAGUUAGAUCUGCUUUAUUAUUUUUUAAAAAGUUUUUUAAAAUGACGACGGCGAAUAUAUAUUUUGGACGGGCUCACCUUUGGAAUAUAGAGUUUAUUGAUACUUGACAUUGCUCAAAUCGAAAUUUUUUAUUAAGAGCCACUUAUGAUAUAUGCCGAAUUUCUUAAUAUUAUAAACAUUGUGAUUGUAAACAUCUAUGUAUUAUAAUUCAUAUAUUGUAUUGAAUAUAUUAUAAUUUAACAGAUUAAUGUGAUAUGUAUGUGAAUAUUUGUUACUCGACAACUGGGUACUGGUGUGGAGGAUGGAGUAGGGGGGAAUGACAGACGUUUGUUGGAAGUGAGUUGUGAAGUGUUAUCGAAGGUGCUGUGUGAAGUGUAGUGCCGGCUGUCACUGGAUCGGUAGUGUUGAUGAAGUGCUUUGGACGAACUGUUUAGCUACGGUUUGAUGUUAAUGUGACAAGAAUUGAACUUUGCAAGUUUUUUUGGUGAUGUACAAAUACUUUCAUCAUUGUUUUAGUAAAGUAUGUAUGUAGAUUACAAAUAUUCAGUAGUAUUAUACAAGCCAAUCAUCUAUAAUUUCACGAUCAUAAGUAGUUAAUAUGUAAUAAUAGUCUAUGCUGUGCAAGAAAAAGAAAACAUUAAAAUAUGGAAGAUGAAGCCGAGCCAGUAUUUAAAAUCCGGAUUACUGUGUAGAUUUCUGUCAUAAGUGCAAUAUUUAGCUGUAAUGUUGACAAAUAUUGUAGCAGACCGUGUACUUCGUUAAACAUUUGAAAUGUUCCGCUUUAGAAGUGAAUAUUGUUUGUUCUCCUCAGAUCUUGUGCUUAGUUUCACGUUUAUACAUAUUGUACAGUGUGUCAAUGUUUAUAGAAGGCUUUAUAUUUGCAUUACUUCCUGUUGGCUUCCUCAAUGUUAAUAGUUAUCCACACAUGAAACCCCAUAACAAUAUUAUGCUUUACUAACAUAAUACUUACAAUAUUUAGAUGUAUGUCACAGGUCCAGGUUGUACUUUAGGAUUUAUCUUUUCCCAUUGUCGUUACCUAAUUUAAGGUUUUAGUAUGUUUAGGUGAUCCGAAAUAUUAGCUGUUAAUAAAUGUGUGCUAUAAAGGUACCCUUACCACUUAAUGUUAUGUAAUCCACUGUUUGCAGUGAGCCUUCUACAUAAAGUUGUUAGCACAUACAGCAUUACAGUUGCAUAUUAAAACAUCAUUUAAUUUAAUAAUCAAAACAACUUUAUGCAGAAAUGCAAUUUUUUUUUUUAAAGUACAUGAAAGAUAUUUUUGUAUGUUCAGGGUAGGUGAUAUGCAAGAUGUACCAUAAAAGUAACUUUGCUAGGAUCUUAGAUUUGAUAGUUCUUUUAUAGAUGGUUAACAUUAUUUUAAAGUUUGCUUUUAGAUGAUUGAUAAGUUUGUAAUUUUUAUUACUAUGAUAUUAGAUUAAAUACUAACAUAAAAACUAAACCAAAAGUGCCCAUUGAGAUAAGUUUAUAAUUCAAGCAAGCCUAUUGUUCAGCAUAUUGUUAAAGAAUAAUGUUUAGGCGACAAAAUUAGUAAAUAAGAAAAAUUAUCAAAGCAUUGUUGAGUUUUAGUUUUCUAAAAUUGUUGAGGUUUAUAAAAAAAAAAAUGUAUUUUUUUUUACACACAGUGUUGAACAAGAGGUUUGCUUUUAGAGGCAUUAAUUAACAUCAAUAAUAAUAAUAGUAUCUAUUUUAAGUAAUGAUAAGAAUGGUUUUAUUAUAGUUUUGUUUCAGAAAAGAAAUUCUAAUUACUAUUUUAUGUUUCCAAUAUUUUAUAACUUUACCUGUUUUCAUUGUAUUGUAUCUUGCUGUAUUGCAGACAUAUCCAAUAUACAGACUGAUUUAA